AUGGAUGAAACGUUAUAUGAUGAGUUUGGUAAUUUUAUUGGAAAAACUGAUUCAGAUGAAGAAGUAGUGAAAGUAGAAAAUACAAAUGGACCAUAUUUAAAUGAUGAAGAUAUUGGGCUAGUUGAAGAAUAUUUAUCAGAUGAUGAAUCAGAUGAUAUUUCACAAACACAACAAGCUGUUGUUUUACACGAAGACAAGCAAUAUUAUCCAUCAGCAGUAGAGGUAAAGGAAUUGAAUAGGAAAGUUUAUGGGCCAGAUGUUGAAAUUUUAGUCCAUGAAGAAGAUACACAACCAUUAAGCGAGCCCAUUGUUCAGCCAAUUAAGGUUAAAAAGUUUUCUAUUGAAGAAACAGAGCUUCCAACAACUCAUUACUCUAAAGAAUUUAUGAUUGAUUUAAUGUCGUUAUUAGAAUUUGUGCGAAAUGUUGCCCUAGUUGGCCAUCUUCAUCAUGGAAAGACAUCAUUUUUAGAUAUGUUAGUUCAAGAAACUCAUGAUAUAAAAAUGGAAUCAAAAAAAAAGUUAAAAUAUAGUGAUAUUCAUAUGCUUGAGCGAGAUCGCGGGAUGUCAAUCAAAGUGACACCAAUGUCUCUUGUACUUCAAAAUAUAAAAGGGAAGUCUUUUUUUUUUAAUAUAAUUGAUACACCGGGCCAUGUUAAUUUCGUGGAUGAAGUUGCAUCUGCUAUUCGUUUAGUUGAUGGUGUAAUUCUUAUUGUUGAUGCUAUUGAAGGGGUACUUGUCAAUACAGAAAAGAUUAUAAGACACGCUAUAUCAGAAAAUGUUCCUCUCGUUUUGGUAAUAAAUAAGAUGGAUAGACUUAUACUAGAACUUAAAUUACCCCCUGUAGAUGCUUAUUUCAAACUUAGGCAUACCAUUGAAGAAAUUAAUAGUAUCAUAAGAUCAUGUGGUGCAAAUCAUUAUCGUCUUUCUCCUGAAAAAGAAAAUGUGUGUUUUGCUUCCACGGAUAUGAAUUGGUGUUUUUCAUUACGUUCUUUCGCAAAAAUGUAUGCAGACACAUAUGACGGUGUAAAUAUUAGUGAAUUUUCAAAAAGAUUAUGGGGAGAUAUUUAUUACAAUUCCCAAAGUCGCAAAUUUUCAAAAAGCCCUUUGGAACAGGAUGCAAAACGAACAUUUGUACACUUUAUUCUUGAACCUUUAUAUAAGCUUUAUAGUCAAACACUUGGAGAAACUCCAGAAAUUCUUGAUAAGACCCUAAAAAGUUUAGGAAUUUUUUUAAAACCUUCUCAUUUUAAAUUAGAUGUAAAAACACUUUUGAAACUUAUAUGUGCAGAAUUUUUUGGAACUUCUACUGGAUUUGUAGAUAUGGUUGUUAACCAUAUCCCUUCUCCAAUUGAUGGUGCAAUGACUAAGAUUCAACAUACAUAUACAGGACCUCUAGAUUCUGAGAUAGCACAGGCUAUGCAAAAAUGCGAUCCUAACGGACCUUUAAUAAUACAUGCAACAAAGUUAUUAAAUACUAUAGAUGCUAGUGAAUUUUAUACACUUGGAAGAGUUAUGAGUGGAACUAUUCAUUCUGGGGAUCAUGUAAAGGUUCUUGGAGAAAACUAUUCGAUUGAUGACGAAGAAGAUAUGGUUUAUAGCUUAGUUUCUGGAAUUUGGAUUGGAGAAGCACGAUAUAGUAUACCUAUUGACAGUGCGCCAGUUGGUUCUAUUGUUCUUCUUGCAGGUGUAGAUAGUUCUAUUUCAAAAACAUCUACUAUUGUUUCUAAAGAUCUUUCUGACGAUAUUUUUAUUUUUAGACCUGUUAAACAUUUUACAGAAUCAGUAUUUAAAGUUGCAGUAGAACCAGUUAAUCCUUCAGAAUUACCAAAAAUGCUUUCUGGACUACGUAUGAUUAAUAAAAGUUACCCCCUUUCUGUAAUUAAAGUUGAGGAAUCGGGUGAACAUAUUAUUUUUGGAACAGGAGAACUUUAUAUGGAUUGUGUUUUACAUGAUCUUAGAAAACUUUAUUCAGAAAUUGAAAUAAAAGUUUCUGAUCCUAUAGUAAGAUUUUGUGAGACUGUUGUAGAAACAUCUGCUGUUAAAUGUUAUGCAAAUUCUCCUAAUAAAAAAAAUAAAAUUACAAUGAUUGCAGAACCAUUGGAUGAUGGUAUUGCUAAUGAUAUAGAAACGGGAAAAGUUAACAUAAAAUGGCCUAUACGGAAAGUAGGAGAAUUUUUUGAAAAAUACCAAUGGGAUAUAUUGGCAUCUCGUUCAAUAUGGGCAUUUGGACCAGGUGAUCAAGGACCAAAUAUUUUGUUAGAUGAUACUUUGCCUUCAGAGGUUGAUAAAAAAUUAUUGAAUACAGUAAGAGAUUCUGUUCGUCAAGGUUUUCAAUGGGGUACCCGUGAAGGUCCUCUUUGUGAAGAACCUAUAAGGAACGUGAAAUUUAAAAUACUUGAUGCUGUUCUUGCACCAGAAUCUAUUUAUAGAGGUGGCGGACAAAUCAUUCCUACUAUUAGAAGAAUUUGUUAUUCAUCAUUUUUAAUGGCUACUCCACGACUUAUGGAACCCGUUUAUUAUGUUGAAAUACAAGCGCCUGCAGAUUGUAUAUCUUCUGUUUAUACUGUUUUAGGUAGAAGAAGAGGACAUGUUACUCAAGAUAUACCAAAAGCUGGUUCUCCUUUAUAUACAAUAAAAGCACUAUUACCUGUUAUCGAUGCUUCAGGAUUUGAAACAGAUCUUCGUACUCACACUCAAGGACAAGCAUUUUGUCAGCAAAUCUUUGAUCACUGGCAGGUUGUUCCUGGUGAUCCUCUUGAUAAAAACGCAGUGCUUCAAUUAUUUGAACCUGCUUCUGGACAAAGCUUAGCUCGCGAUUUUAUGCUUAAAACAAGAAGAAGAAAAGGUCUGGUAGAAGAUGUCGUUAUCUCUAAAUAUCUUGAUGAAGAAAUGAUGAUGAUAUUAGCACAAACUGAUAUAUUGAAAGAUAACUUCCUUAUUUAA